AUGUCGAGUAAUCGCAACUAUGAUUUCCUGAUUAAGCUGCUCCUGAUAGGCGACUCCGGCGUCGGCAAGUCGUGCUGUCUGCUACGGUUCAGCGAAGACUCCUUCACCCCUUCAUUCAUCACCACUAUCGGUAUCGACUUCAAGAUCAGGACCAUUGAGCUCGAUGGAAAGCGCGUCAAGCUGCAGAUUUGGGAUACCGCUGGCCAGGAGCGUUUCCGCACUAUCACCACCGCCUAUUACCGCGGUGCCAUGGGCAUCCUCCUUGUCUACGACGUCACCGACGAGCGCUCGUUCAACAAUAUCCGAACCUGGUUCCAAAACGUCGAGCAGCACGCUACCGAGGGUGUUAACAAGAUUCUGAUCGGCAACAAGUGCGACUGGGAGGAGAAGCGCGUUGUUUCCACCGAGCAAGGCCAAGCCCUCGCCGACGAGCUGGGCAUCCCUUUCCUCGAGGUCUCCGCCAAGAGCAACAUCAACAUCGACAAGGCCUUUUACAGCCUGGCCGCAGAUAUCAAGAAGCGACUUAUCGACAACUCCAAGAACGACCAACCUGCAGCGAGCGGCGUCAACGUCAACGAUAAGAGCGAGAGCGGCGGCAGCAAGUGCUGUUAA